UUGGGGGAUUUUUAAGAAAUGAGUUUACAGCCCAGAGCGCCAUAUCAGCUAGCGGAGACUUAAGACGCGGGCAUGUCAACGCAGUGUUAUUCUUUCCAUUGCGCUCUCUCUCUCUCUCUCACACAAAAAUGAAUUUCUUCUUUCAUACUUCACAUUGGGUCUGAAUUCCGCUCAUAUCUAAAGGUAUUAGUCUCUCUCUGAGUAAUCAUAACAGUUAACUCCUUUGGAGGUAGAGCUAUUAUUUCUAGAUUUGGAGGUUAUCAAGUUGAAGAAGAUUGCCCAACCUUCUAUUUCUCACCAUAAUUUCAAAAGUGGAGUUGAUAAAGCUGAUUGAAAAAUGGCAUCUUUUGUGAGGAUUACAGUUCUGAUGUGGGCUGACAUACUAGCAGCGUAUGCUAUGUGGGUGAUGAUGACAUACUUAACAAAUGUUUGGAAACUUAAUUUGACACACGCCGCUGCGAUUAUAAACAUUUGGGGGGGUCUAGCCUCCAUAAUGCCAAUUGGCUUUGCCUUCGUUGUAGACACCUUCAUGGGUCACUAUGCAAUGCUCUUGGUGUCAAGUAUUGCCUAUAGCAUUGGGUUGGGCUUCUUGGCUAUGUCUACACCACCAGUUCUUUCUAAAUCCACAGGCAACUGCAGUGCAUACCAGCCAGAAUGCAUCGGUGACGCGCAAAAAAUCCUCUAUUACACUGCUUUAGCUUUGAUAGCCGUGGGGAUUUCUGGUCACGCAGUCUCUUUGACUUCAUUCUUCAAUAAACAAACUACUGACCAGACAGAGGACGAUGAAUGGAAACUUCCAUUUCAAUGUGUAGGCAUCUUUACUGUGCUCCUUGUCCCCAUAAUUGGAGGUAUUGCACUUCCAUAUAUAAAGCCAUGGUCAAUCCGGUUUGGAAUUCCAGCAAUAUGCACCGUGGUGGCAACACUUUUAUUCUUGAGUGGCUCAUGGUCAUACAAACAUGAUAAGCCACAAGGGAGCCCUCUCACAACUGUGUUCAGAGUCUUUGUGGCUUCUGCUUCCAAGAUAAGCCAUCAAUGCCCACAAAAUGCUAGUGAGCUCUAUGAGAAAUGUAACCUUAAACAGCCGGCUGUCCCUCGCAGUGGUGGCCUCAGGUGCCUAAACAAGGCUGCCAUUGUAUUGCCAACACCAACUAAAGAAGAACAAGAGAAAAAUAGAUGGAGACUUUGUGGUGUUACAGAGGUUGAAGAAACCAAAAUUGGUAUUCGCAUGGUCCCAAUGUGCAUGACCUUCAUUAUUUUUGGGGUGGUAAUAUCUAUUGGAAAAACUUACUUCAUUGAGCAAGCAAACCACAUGAACCGCAAGGUGGGACACUUAACUGUCCCUCUUCCGCUAUUUCUAAUGUUCUAUGACUUUGCAAAGGCACAGUUCACGAUAAUAUAUUUCAGCAUGGUGUACUGCUUUGGCGGAUCGGGAUCAAAACGUUAUGGUCCCCCAACUGGAAUUGCUGUAGCAAUGGUAUUUUCAGUACUAUGUUGUAUCACUGCUGCAAAAGUGGAAACUCGAAGGCACAAUGUGAUUAGGAGCCAUGGUUUACUUGACAAGCCGGACGAGAAAAUCCCAAUGAGCAUAUUUUGGCUGCUUCCACAGUUUCUCCUCCUUGGCGCCGUUGAUGGAAUAUCUGAAAGUAGCAUUGCUAAAUUCUUCAAAGAUCAAGCACCUCCCUCCAUGACAACCUACCUGACAUUUUUUACCCAUGUGUUAUUUGGUCUAGGAAUCAUGGCUAGUGUUCUUUUUGCAUAUAUAGUAGGUGAGGUUAGUGAGAAGAGAGGGAAACAAAAUUGGUUCCAGGAGACCUUAAAUAAGAGUCAUUUGGAUAAAUAUUAUUGGACACUGGCAGUUUUAAGUAGUGUCAUUCUGGUGUUGUAUAUAUUGGUGGCAUUGUGCUACCCUUAUAGAGAAUCAGCACCAGAAGAUGAGGAAGUGCCACCGAAUGGAGAUUCUGCGCAACAACCCUAUGAGGAUAACCCACAGUGUUGCUGCUGUUGUGGCUAGAUGUGGAUAUGCUGUAUUAUUUAGUGUUGAUUUAUGUUGUAGUAUUUUGCAAUUCAACAUGUUACAUAAUGUGUAUGAUGUUGCAAUUCAAUUGUUGUAUUUUACGUA